AUGGUUGCUCAAGAAAAUUUUUCUCUACUAGGGAAUUGGUUUCUGGUAUUCGAGAAAGAAAAUAAGGUUUGGAAUUGCCUUCGGGUCCGACGGUCCCACUUUCCCUCUCUCUCUUUUCUUGGUAAUUCAUCCUUGUUCUUCCCGAGAGAGGGACACUCCCGAAGCCUUUUUUUCAGAUAUUUAGAAGACCGACUCAUACCAAUGGGUGGUUGUGUGUCAACUCCAGCUCUACCGAGCAAACAAUCAAAACCACCUAAAGUAAGGAAGAAGCACCAUGUCGGCUCGAAAAAGCACCAUGGAAAGGUUUUGAAUUUGGUUUUACAUGGAAAUAAAAAAAAGAACAGUGAAUCAGGAGGUCGAGUAACAGAUUUCGCUGUUAGUGAGUUUGUUCACACAACCACUACCUGUAGAAGAUCCGAGGUCUCCAACUCAACAUUCCAUCUUACUCAGUUGCAGUGGCUCCAUAGUCAAAUUGAUGCUAAUGGAAUUUGUCAAGAAGAAGCAUGGUUCGAUACAGUCAGUAUAUUAGAAUCUGACUCUGAUGAUGACUUCAGCAGUGUACAUGGAGAUUUUUUCCCCAACAUUUCAAACGGGCAAGUACUUCAAUAUGAAGCUGCAUCAUGCUUUGUGGAUGGAAAGUGUAAUUUCAAAGAAUACCAUGAAAAAUAUCUGAAAAUAGAUAAUUGUAAAACAGACUUGUACUCGAGCAAAGAUGGAGUCAAGGAGCCAAAUGGAUAUGCAUUCAUAAAUGAUCAGGGAAAUGAACUUCCAGGUUUAGGGAAGGCUGAAGAGCUUGGUACCAAGAGGAAGAAUAACUUAAAUCGUGCCCAUGGAAGCUUUAGUGGCCUUAAAGAGGACAGACGUGAUCUUGAGGGAAAAAAUCCAGGGAACUUAUUGAAGUCUGUCUUACCCCGGUUGGUUCCUUCUGUAAGUUUCAACGAUAAGGUCAUCAAUGUAUCAAAUUCAGGUCCACUAGCUCAAAGAAAGAAAUCAACUGUCAUCAGGCUUUCUAUGAAAAGGAAAUCUGUUGAGGGAGAUGAAAAUGAAUUUUGUACGUCAAAAAAGUAUCUUUUUCAUCCAAGAGCAGGACUUAUAAUUCCAUGUUGUAAUGAGGAGAAGCCAACUGCUGGAACUUGGUCCGAGAUUGAGCCCUCGACCUUUAAACUCCGUGGAGAAAACUAUUUUAAAGAUAAGAGGAAAUUCCCUGCUCCAAAUGUAGCUCCUUAUACUCCAAUUGGCGUUGAUUUAUUUUUAUGCCCAAGAAAGAUAAACCACAUUGCCCAACACCUGGAGGUGCCUUCACUGAAAGCAGACAGGAAAAUUCCUCCACUGCUAAUUGUUAAUAUUCAGUUGCCCACUUAUCCGGCUCCCAUGUUCCUUGGUGAUUCUGAUGGGGAAGGCUUGAGCCUUGUACUCUAUUUUAAACUUAAUGAGAAUUAUGAGAACGAAGUGUCUCCUCAGUUUCAGGACAGCAUUCAGAGACUGCUCGUUGAUGAUAUGGAAAAGGUUAAAGGAUUUGCAAAAGACUCAAUUGUUCCUUUCAGAGAAAGGUUAAAGAUUAUGGUUGGAGUGGCUAAUCCUGAAGAUCUUGUCUCCAGUUCUACUGAGAGAAAACUUCUGAAUGCUUACAACGAAAAGCCAGUGCUUUCCCGCCCUCAGCAUGAAUUUUAUCAGGGCUCAAAUUACUUUGAGGUCGAUCUUGACAUUCAUCGCUUCAGCUACAUUGCAAGAAAGGGACUUGAUGCAUUCCGGGAUCGUCUAAAGAAUGGAAUACUGGAUCUUGGACUGACAAUUCAGGCACAAAAGCCCGAAGAACUGCCUGAGAAAGUCCUUGGUUGCGUGAGAUUAAACAAGAUUGAUUUUGUUGAUAAUGGUCAAAUACCCACGAUUGUAAGGAACGACGAUGAAUGA